UCUAUUAAGUAGAACCCAGUGCAAUUGUAGGUUAGCAUAUAACUAAACAUGAGCAGUGGAAAUCGUGGUAACUGGGGUAAUAGGAAGCCAUGGGGCGGUCGCGGCCGUGGGGGCUUCGGUGGCAGAGACCGGGGCUCCAGAGGAGGGGUUAACAAGAACUACAGGGGGCAUAAUUUUGGAAAUAACAGGGGGUUUCGGGGAGGCCGUCAGAAUGAUUAUGCAGGACGCGGCCCGCCUCAAUCCUUCCAGAACUAUGGUAAAACGCCGCGAGAUACGCCUGGGAAGCGACUGUCGGAAGAGGAGAUUGGUGUUACAAAGUAUAUCAACGAUCAUGAGGGGUUUUUAGGUGUUAUCAAGUCCAGAUACUCCGAUUUCCAAGUGUCCGAGAUCAAUCUCCAAGGCGAGAUAGCCAAGCUUACCAACACCAAACCCCCGCAACCGCCCGUGGACAAGGACGUAGAACAGGAUGAGGACCUGCUGCUGAACAAGUACAAUGUGGAGAUCCUGCCGAUGGACGAGUGGGACCGGAUCAACAAGCUGGCCGUGUCGGAAGCUAGCAGUGAGAAGGUUGAAAUAGAUGUGACAGGCAUGUCCAAGGAGCAGCGGACCAAAAUCCAUGAUGCGGUGAAAAAGGCCUUCGGAGACAGUAUUGUGGGCAGCACCGUCGGUGACGGGGACAAGAAGCUUGUGCGGUUCGAGAGAUACAGGAAAGGAGUGCGCAUAGACAACCGUGUAAAGUGGGUGUGGGGCGGUGAACACGUGCACUUCAUUCUACAUAAAGAAAACUGCGAUACCAUGGACGCGGCGCAGCGCCUCGCCGAGCGCCUGCGCAUGAAUCUCCGGCCAUCGUGCCUCGGUUACGCCGGCACCAAAGAUCGCCGCGCCAAGACCUCGCAGUGGUUCUCGGCGCGCAAGGUCGACCCGCGCCGUCUAGCGGGCGCCGCGAGAGAUCUGCGGGACAUACAUAUAGGCAAUUUUACGUUCAGCGACACGCACUUGAAGUUGGGGAUGCUUAAAGGGAACCGAUUCCGUAUAGCCCUGCGCAACGUGACCGCCGCCGACGACUCAGUGGAUAAAGCCUGCCAGCUCCUGUCGGAUAACGGGUUCAUCAACUACUACGGUUUGCAGCGGUUCGGCACGAGGGCCGACACGCCCACUUAUGAGAUCGGGAAGAGUAUGCUUAAAGGGGAGUUUCAGGAGGCGAUAAACGGCAUCCUCCGGCCCCGUCCCGGUCCGCUUCAGUUCGCGCUCGAGCAGUACCGCGAUAACGGCGCAAGCGCAGCGCUGGCGGCCGGGAUUAGAUCCCAUAACAGUAUAGAGCUCAGACUGUUGAAAGCACUGGCUAGUCAGCCUAAAGACUUGCUGGGAGCGCUCAACAAGUUGGCCCGCAACACUCGCCUACUAUACAUACAUUCCUACCAAUCCAUGGUAUGGAACCGCGCUGUGUCGGAGCGAAUCCAACGCUUCGGACUGAAACCCGCUGCUGGAGACCUAGUACCACUCACAGAAGUCGACGAUGACAUAGACGAAGACAGCGAUGGCGAUAACCCCGACGAUCAAGAUGGCGUCGAAACACAAGAUGGCGGCGUUAUCCAAGAUGGCGGUGAUAUCCAAGAUGGCGGCGACAUUCAAGAUGGCGACCAAACUGAACCAUCCACGGAAGAAAAACAAUCUGAAAAGAACACAGGGAUGCAAAAGGAACCAGUGAAGUUCCCAGUUAAAAUAUUAACGCAAGAAGACGUGGAUAGUGGGCAGUUUAGUAUAUUGGACAUUAUAAUGCCUUUGCCGGGGUAUUUUAUAGACUACCCGCCGAAUAUGGUCGACUUUUAUGAAGAGUUGUUGAAGAAGGAUGGGUUGACUUUGGAGUUGAAAAAUAAGAUUAAGAGUCUUAGUAUGUCUGGCGCAUACCGCCGACUGGUUACUCGACCUAUCGACAUGUCUUGGUCGUUUGUGCGGUACAACUCGCCCACAGAGGAUCUCAUACUAUCCGACAUGGACGAAAUAAGGGGAGUUACUCUCAAGGAGACACCAGAUGGUCAAUAUAAAGCCUUGCUCGUCAGCAUGUGUCUCCCGGCGAGUUGUUACGCGACCAUGGCUCUCAGAGAACUGCUCAAAGUCGACACUUCGGGCGACAACCAGGCGCUGCAGAACAACUACCAUAAGAAACCUGAUGCCACAGAAACGUCAGGUGCCAAAGGCAACGAAGGGUCAUCAGAAAACGCCGAUGCAUCGGAAGGUCCCAACAACGGGAACGAAGGCCAGAAGGAAAAUGGGGCGAAGAGAAAGUUGGACCCUGAAGAUGGUGACGCGAAACGUGCGAAAGGGGGAGAAUAA